UUGUGUCGGAUUUUUGCGGUGGAUUUGGAUGAGGGAAUAAAUGCCGAGAUAUUUUAUAAUAUUACGGAAGGCGAUUCGAGAUUUUCGAUUGAUGAGAAUGGAAUUAUCCGGGCUGUUUCGAUGAUUCAUGGAGAUGAGAGUUAUGCAUUGACUGGGCAAGCCACUGAUAGAGGAACCCCUCCGCAAUUUGCUGCCACUAGAGUUGUCCUAACUGCGAUUGGUGGAAGAUCCAAGAAACCAAAUAAUAAUAAUUUGUAUUUUUAUUGUGGAGGAUGUUGCGAUGGAGGAGAAGAUUCGAGUUGAACCGAGGUAUCAUUUUUGGAAAGAGCUGAUUUUGGGCAGAUUAUGAAAAAAUAACAUUUUGGAGCAUUUUCGGGGUCUAGAAAAAAAUUCCUGAAAAUAAUUUUUGGAGCAGUUUCUCAAUAUUUUAUUUUUUCAACUUGACUGAAAAUUUGGAGAUUUUUGACGCCCCACAUCAAAAAUCUAUGUGCAUUUGAAUUUUGGAGCAUUUUUGAGCUCUGGAAGAACAAUUCUUCGAAAGAAUUUUUGGAGCAAUCGAGGCUCUCGAAAUUGCAAUUCUAACUUUGGCUGAAAAUUUGGAGAUUUUUGACGCCCCACAUCAAUUAUUUUCUGAAAAAUAACAUUUUGGAUCAUUUUUGGGCUCUAGGAAGGAAAUACCUGAAAUUUUCACGAAAAAAAGUAAAUUCUGAGAGAAUUUUGGAGCAAUUAUAGGCUCUAAAAAUGUUUUUUUUUUAAUUCUCAGAAUUCGCGAUGAAGUUUAGAGAUUUUUGACACCCCACAUCAAUUAUUUUCCAAAAUAUACUAUUUUGGAGCAUUUUUACGAAUAGUUAAUUUUAGCUCACAUUUUGAGAUAGGCUAAGUUAGGUGAAAUUCAGAAAUACGCCCCCUCCCCCCUCUUCCGAAUUUUUUUUCAAACUUCCAUUCUUUUUAUUUUCAGCAGUGGAAAUGUAAUCGUAAUGGAACCUCUGGAUUUCGAAACAUCUCGCCAAAUUCGAGCAAUUGUACAAGUUCGCCAAGCGAAUUUCAAAAACUUCGCCACAUUGUAAAUGUUAUUGAUGAAAAUGAUAAUGCGCCGCGAUUCAGUCAAUCCAAUCAAAUUGCAUUUGUUGAUGAAAGGUGAUUUUAAUUAAUUUUUGGGUGGUUAAUUAGAGCUGAAAACUAUUUUCAGCCCAGAAAAUUGGGGGAAAAUCGUCUAAAAAUUAUUUUCUAGGGGUUAAUUAGGAUUUGUACUAAAAAUUCUUCAAUUUUUUUAACCCCACUUGGGAGCUUAUAAGAGACCAAAUGUAUUUCAAUUUUUCAGUGAUCCUGUUGGAAGUCUUGUCGCAAAAGUCACUGCUUUUGAUGCGGAUAAUGGUGAAAAUGGAAUGCUGACAUACACAAUAAUCAGUGGAAAUGAACAGAAGUUAUUCGAACUUGAUAAAUUAUCUGGAGAAGUUCGACUUGCUAAACCAAUAGAUCGAGAUGAACAUGUUGAAUCAAUUCUACGAAUUCGAGCAAGUGAUUCAGCAAAAUAUUCACUGAGCGAUGAAAUGACACUUCAUGUCAAAAAUUCGAAUUCGACAAUUGAUUUGAGAGUCAAAUUUCAUCGCAAGAUUCAUCAAUUCGCAGUUUUUGACUCAACUCCACCUGGAACACCUUUGAUUGUAUUAGCUGCACAACAUCAUGGAAGUAUACGAUAUCAGAUUGUUGAACGUUGCUCUUAUUUUGAUGUUCAUCCACCUUCUGGAGCUGUUGUUUUAUCGAAAUGGUUGACGAGGGAAAGAAAUGAUGUGAAGAGUGUGAAUUGUAGUGUGCGAGUUAUUGGAAGUGAAGGAGAAACUGAUGAAGCAAAGAUUAUAUUGAAAAUAACAAGAACAAAUCAAUAUGCGCCACGAUUUAGACAACAGGUUUAUAAUGCACAAAUUCGAGAGAAUAGUCCCAUUGGAAGCCCGGUUUUUGCAAUUUCGGAUAAUUCGCCACUUAUUGUUAAUGCGGUGGAUUUGGAUAAUGGGCCAAAUGGGCUUGUGGCUUAUCGAAUGUCUGAAGAUGAUUAUUUUGUUGUGGAUUUGAUUAGUGGAGCGAUUCGAGUUCGAAAACCUAUUGAUUUUGAAAGGAUUAAAGAGUGGCGGUUUUAUGUUAAUGCACAGUGAGUUGGGAAUGAAGGAGGGCUGGAAAAAUGGAUUUUAGGCUCAAAAAAGGCCGAGGCUUCAAAAAUCCCCAAAUUCAGGCCUCAAAACUAGACCAUAAAACCCUAUUUUUGGGCUUUAAAAACCGGAAUUUCAGGCUAUUUUUAGGCUUUAAUUUAAGCUCCGGGCUUCAAGAAAAGCCAGAUUUUUAGGCUUUGAAAAGCCCGAAUUCUAGGUCCUCCAAAUUAAAGAAAAUGUUUUGGCCCUCCAAAAUUAUGCCUGAAAUCUUGGAAAUGAGGCUUGAAAGCACGAGCCCCAAAACCGAAAAUCUGUCUAAUAACAAAACAAGGCUCUAUUCUUGAGGCCCGAAAUUUUAAAAAAUCCGGGAAUUGUAUGCAUCCUUUAAAUGUUUAGGCCUAAAAUGCUCGAAAUCAGGCUCGAAAUUUAGAAAAAAUUCAAAAGUUCGUAAAAAGUGACGAAAACCUUUUGAGCAAAAGCCAAAAUUCAAGAUUUUAAGAUUUUUUUCGAGAAUUAUGCUUUAAUUUCUAGAAUUUAGACUAGAAAGUAUCCAAAAAUGAGGCCCAAAAACUGAAAAUCGGGCUCAAAUCUUGAGGCCCUGAAUUUUCAAAAAAUGUGGUAAUUAAGAUCCAAUGGUCAGGCCUAAAAUCCUAGAAAUUAGGCUCGAAACUUAGAAAAAUUCAAAAUCCCGUAAAAAAUUAAAAUUUGUUGAACAAAAGUCAAAAAUCAGGAACCCCCCUCUAAACAUCUAUUUCUUGCAGCGAUAUGGGAAGUCCAUCUCGAAGUUCACUAAUGCCAGCUCUUGUAAUUGUCACAAUUCUCGAUGAAAAUGAUGAACCACCUAAAUUCCUCGAAAAAUCAAUAACAUCCUUCCCAAUCUACCUCCCAACUGCAAAUAAUAUUCGAAUUUAUCCAAUUCAAAAUGCGAAAGAUAUUGAUACGAUUGGAAGAAUACGGUAUACAAUCAAAGAUGAGGAAGCGAAAAGUGUAUUUGCGAUAAAUUCGACGAAUGGAGAUGUCAGAAUUAUUAAUGCGGAGAAAUUGAAAGAGAAGAAUUAUGUAUUUGAUGUUUUUGCUAGUGAUGGAAUUCGAACUGAUUCUCUAAAUAUUCCGGUUUCAAGUCCAGAAAAAUCUUCGAAUUUCCGAUUUAUAUCGCAGAAAUAUAGCACAACGAUUUUCGAAAAUACAACUUAUCCAGUUGGAAAACCACUUUUAUCUGUAACUGCAAUUGGUGGAUCUAGUGUUAUUUAUUCAAUUAUCAAUCCACGAGAUGAAUUUGCUAUUCAUUCUGGAACUGGAAUUAUAACAUCAACUGGAAUUGCGGUUGAUCGAGAGAUUGAGCCGAUUAUUCGAUUGGUUGUUCAGGCUAGAAGUAUGGAGCAGAUUGCACAGACUACUGUUGAAAUUAUUGUUGAGGAUUUGAAUGACGAAAUUCCGAUGUUUGUUAACCUUCCUUAUAAUGUUUCAGUUAGUAUGGAUGCGAAAAUUGGGGAUGAGAUUAUUUUGAUAAGAGCGAUUGAUAAGGAUGAAGGUUUGUUUGAAGUUUCGAGGUGGAAAAUCCUGGGGAAAAUGCCUAGGAUUACUGUAGAUCGCUUCAAGAUCCAAGAAAUCUGAGAUUUCUGAGUCCCUUAGCGAAAAAUUAGAGCUAUAAUAGCUCUGGACACUUUGAUUUCUUAAGCAACAAUUUUCGAAUUCUGGCGCCAAAAAAAUGACUAAGAUUACUGUAGAUCGCUUCGAGACCCGAAAAUUGGAAAAAUUAAGAUGUUUUAAUCAGACCUCGGCCAACAUCGUGGUUUCCAAAAUAAAAAAAUUGUAUGCUAACUUUUUACAGUACAAAAAUUGUGAUUUUUCAGUUUUUGACCUCUAAAAACUGAAAUUCAGAAUUUUCCAAAAAUUGUACUCUGGCCAGCCACGGAUUGGUCGACGUGUGGUUUUAAUCCCGUAGCGAAAAAUUAAAGCUACAGUACCCCUAGACAAUUGUUCCAGAUUUGAAAAUUUUUUAAAUGUUUCUUCUAUGAAAAAUUGUAACAAAAUUUGAUUGUUAACAUUUUUCCAGUUUUGAUUUUCUGAAAUUAACUGAGAUGUCAAGAACAUUUGAAAAUUAUUUUUAAGUUUCUUCGAAGUUUUAAUUUUUGAAAAAUCUUUCCAUUUUUUUUAUCUAAAAAUUCCCCAAAAAUUUUUUUUGAAAUUAAUUUUUCAAGUCGUAACCCCAAAACCUUUCAUUUUCAGGCCUGAAUAGACAAAUCAAAUAUUCAUCUUCAAAUAUUCCUCCACAAUUUUCAAUCAAAGAAAAUGGCAAAAUCCAAGUUGCUCAAAAACUAAAUUCGCUCGAAGAUUAUACUUUUAACGUGACAGCUGAAGAUAACGGAAAUCCAAAACUCAAAUCGACAACUACAGUAACCUUGAGAGUUGUUGACAAAGCUCAGCCAGUUUUUGGUCAACAAAUAUAUACUGUAACUAUUUCACCGGAAAGUAUUAAGAAGGGAGAUUUGAUUGUGAAAGUGACGGCGAAAAGUAAUAUUAAUUUGGAUGGUGGAAUUAUUGGAUUUGAAAUUGUUGGAGAAAAUGAGAAUGAAAGUGAGUUAUUUGAAAUCGAUUGGGAGAAUGGAGAAAUUCAUUUGAAAAGAGAUCCACGAAAACUUGAGAAAGAUUAAUAUAUUGUGGAAAUUGAGGCGUUUGAAGCGACAAAACGCAAAAUAAGAAGUCGAGCAAAAGUUGUGAUAAAUUUGAAAUCGAAUAAAAUUGGAGCGCCGGUUUUUGAGAAGAAGACAUAUUUGAGUCAUAUUGCGGAAUCGAGUGCGAUUGGAGAAAAAGUAUUGGAGAUUAAGGCGGAGCGAGCGGAGAGUUAUGCGAUUAAAGGAGAGGAUUCGAGCGGUGAGUUGGAAUUUUUAGGCUGGGGAAAAUUAAGGGAGAAUUUGAGAAAAGAUUGAGAAUUGAAAAAUAGACCAAAGACCUUGAAAAAAUUUCAGGAAAAUUUUGAGGAAGAAUUUCAAAAAAUCAAAUUUUUUUUUGAAAAUGGAGGACUUCCACCCAAAACUGUUUAUUUUUUCCAGAAAAACGUGCAAAUUCCAACACGGCAAAAUCGAUUGGGAACGCGAAAGUUCGAAUCUUUUAGAAGAAGGCGAUUUGGAAGGAUGGAAACAUUAUAUUCCAGCAAAAUUUGCAGCAAGUGUUAAUGAUGGAAUUGUCAGAUUAAAUGAUAUUUCGGAUUGUGAACAUUAUGAUGAACCAAAUCAACAAAUUUAUGAAUUAGUUGCUAUUGUUGCAGUUAUUGGAACUGGUGAAUAUCCAGUCAAAUGGACACAUUCAAUCACUAUUUUGAAGGAUAAUCAGGAAAAAAAUGUGAGGAGGUUUUGAGGGGAAUUUCGGGUGAUUUCCAACAAUUUUCAAAGAUAUUUUUCCAAAAAAAAUUAUUUCAGUUCAUAAUUUUAUGGAAAAAAACUCACCGGAAAACGAAUAAAAAUUUCCGCUCUGAAUUUUGGGCGACAAAAAAUCCUGUACUUUUUGUUGAGAAACUUUUUAACUGAAAAUAUGACCGAAAUUCUAUUCUGCUUUCGUCCCCAAAAAUCUCAGUUUCUCCACGUCAUAACCCCAUAUUUUUGCAGUGCUCCAUGGUCCUUGAUAAAUGA